AUGUCCCUAACAGCCGCUCCAGCCCCCACAACUCCGGGAGCUCCGUCUCCCGUUGAACUUCGCUCCAAUCGGCCCACCAUGGGGCCCUUUCGCAGACUCCACGCGACCAGCCGAUCGAACCCAGACAGUCACCACUCGCCAAGCAGCAGCUUGCUCCCCGUGCAGAAUCGGCAACAGUCAGCCGAAGACAUCGGCGCAUUGCACAACAGCAAAUGGGCAAUCGGCGACGCGUAUAUUCGUCGGCAUGGACGAAUCUGCUUGGUCGGAUGA